AUGGCAAAUAUUGACAAUAUUAAACAAGAAUUAAACGAAGCAAAAGAAGGAUAUGUUCAGGCGGUGAAAAAAAUUGAGGAGGUGAAGUUGAAAUUGGAUAAUUUAAAGAGAGGAAGGGUGAAAGAGGGUUACGAAGGAGAGAAAGAAGAGUUGGAGAAUGAAAAGGAAAUGUUGGUGAAUGAAAAGAAAAGUUAUGAGGAAAGGAGAGCUAACUGGGAUGCGUUAUAUCAAGAGGAAUUGAAAAUUCUUAUGAGAAAAGAGGAAGAGGAAUUGAAAACUCUUAGGAGAAAAGAGGAAGAGAGAAAAGAUAUAUCAG